AUGUCGAGAUCGAUAGAGCUCGGGCGCGCAGUACUCAGCUCACCUGCCACUGAUCACGAGCUUUGGCUCACAACAUUCAUCACCGUCUCACCAAAACAGGAUGCAACUUACCUCCAGAAGCUAACAUCAGCCGAAUACCUGGACGCGUUGAAGUCUGGAACUGUAUGGGUGAGCCGUGGACAUGACAUGCACAUCGAAAUCAAGCUCAGUCUACGCGAUGAGCCCUUGCCUCAGGCGCAAUUGCGAGAUCUCACAAAUGCUGUUUUUCAUGCGAAAGUCUGGAAUCAGCUAAUGUUGAAGCCUACACAUCGAUCAGAUGUAGCAGUGGAUCCCGGGGCAAUACUUCUGGACAUCAAUCACGCCCCCAUCACGGGUCUGCAAGAAGGAAAGAAGCGUCACCGAAUCUUUUCGGAUGUUCCAGCAGUAGAUAUUCAACCGCCCAAGGGAAUCGCGUCAGUCUCACUUCAGUCCGUUCGCAUGCGCAUGGAAAUUCUCGAGGCAAGCCCGCGUAGGAGGCCCGCAGUGAAACGAACAACCUCGUCCCUGGGUGAGCGAAAGGUAGCGACCCCAGAAGAAGAGGGUUCUGAUGCAAUUCUGUACGAGAUUGAACGCGAGGACUUAUCGCCUGCUGGAUAUAUGAAUCGCACGUCAACCGCUCCGAGGGCUCCUGGGUACGGGAAACGGAAACGACCAGCUACAGAGGGUGUGGUAUCGACUCAAUCAAUGUCACUUGAACAGGCCGAAACAUCGAAACGAAGGCGCAAUCGGCCGACAAACGAUUCUUCGAUGCGGCGAAAGUCGGUCACGAAUCCUAAAUUGCCAGAACAGAUAGACAUCGCCAGCAUGGUCGACGGAGCGCUGCGUUUGUCGAUUUCUGGUACUCUCAGCAAGGCGCCGAUUGGACUGAAGGCCAAAGCGAGCACUUUCCGCCUAGGGCUGGCCGAUGUCGCUCCUGCGAUAUGGAAGACCGGAUACCUACAGGCAUUGUCCCAAAGAGCUCAUCUCCUACCUACCAUCGCUUGUUCCAUCAGUCGAAUCGGCGGCGUAAAGGCAACAUCCAUCUCGCUAAGAGACAAGAUUAAGGAUUUGAAGACGAUUGCACACCAAGUCUCGCCAGAUCGCUUAUAUUGCAGGAUACCUGACGCAGACUAUGAGGCUGCUGAAGCUGAAUCAGUCAUCGCAAGUCAAUUGUGGGUACAGUCCCAGAGAAGUCUGCUCGAUAAGCCCAUGGCCCCGAUCAAAGCAUGUGUUGCGUCUAUUGUUCAACAAGCCCAGCCAGCCUCUGACGACAUGCUGGCGGAAGAGGAAGAAGCCUGGCAUCAUACUCAGCCCACUACAUCAUUCCAAGCUGACGGCCUGCACGAGUGUUUCGAGGAUGAGUCGGCAUUGACCGCGGAUCCCCAAGCGACCCAACAACAAGGGCGAUUUCUCCGCAGUCCAGGCUUGCUCUUCGAUGUUUGCGAAGAUGAUGACGACCUACUUCUCGACUCACAUUCCCUAAACGAAAUAUCGGCCGCAGCGUGUUCAGCAAAUGGACAGCUCCUCACACCCGGGAGCCCAGCUAUAUAUCCACUCUUUACACCUGACAUGUCUAUUCAGCAGUCAAUUGCCUCGACAUCACGAUGCUGCCUGGGUACAUCGCAAUCUUUACAACAUCCGUCGCAACAGCAGACGAACUCCGAGCACGAAUUCUCACAUCAAGUGUCAUAUGAAGGUGACGUUGAUCAUACCGAGGACCUACUAUUAGUCCGUUAGCUACAAAGGGGUCGCACUCCAGCUUACUAGCAUCGUGGUUACAGGAUAGAGUUUCGGCCGUAUAGAUUUUCGGCCGAAGCGAGCUAACAGCCGUUUCAUUGAGGAAGGGCAGCAUCACGUGGUCGUUGUUAUGGCUCCGAAGAUAUUUAUAUCCGAUUACUCUGAAUGUGGCUUUCCAUAGUCUGCUCUCUUAUUGAGCGUCACGGAACUACCCUGUGUUGCUGCAUUCUGCCACCGGCUGUACCAUGGUAUAUGGGUUGACUUUGGGGGAUAUUACCCCAUGGGCCCAUCGUCGACCAUCUAUCGAGUCAGCAAUCGGAUGAUGAACGUGUAGGUAGAUCACGGCUUCCAGGAA